AUGCCCAACAUAACGCCAGCCCCAACGCUACCUUGGAACUAUAUUGCAAAGCUCGUCUGUAUAGGCGACUCAGGUACUGGCAAGUCCAGCUUGACGGUUCGGCUUUGUGAAGGCCGAUUUUCCGCCUCUCACGAUGUCACUAUUGGCGUCGAGUUUGGAAGCAGAAUAGUUCCUGUUGGCCCUCCCGCAAACGCAUCUUUAGACCUCGGUGCUCCCAACGGCCGCGAGGGUCAUGGCGGCAAACAAGAGCAGAAGAAGAUGAAGUUGUCAUUAUGGGACACCGCUGGACAAGAAACAUAUAAAAGCAUCACAAGAAGUUACUUUCGAGGUGCCUCUGGCGCCCUCUUAGUUUUCGAUAUCACCAGAAGGAGUAGCUUCGAGUCCGUCACUCAAUGGCUCAACGACUUGCGCCAGAUCGCCGAAGAAGGGAUUGUCGUUAUCCUGGUGGGGAACAAAUUGGAUUUGGCUGAACAAACCACCGACGUCCAAGGAGGCACCAAGCGAGCUGUGAGCAAAGAAGAGGCGGAGGACUGGUGUCGGAGAGAAAACAUCGUCAAAUACGUUGAAACCAGUGCAAAAAGCGGCGAAGGGGUUGAAAAGGCUUUCCUCGAGGUUGCAGAAAGAAUAUACCAGAACAUCGAAGCGGGUAAAUAUGAUCUGAACGACAGAAGAAGCGGAGUCAAAGGUUACGGCAUGGGCGGAGGUCGCGACGAGGCCAAAGCCCCCAAAACAGUCAACCUGACCAUGAAUGAUACCAUCAGGAGCGGCCAAGGAAGAGGGUGUUGCUGA